AGUCACAUGAUAUAUUCACCUGACUUAGUUUGACUAAAAAUUUUAGAGGCGAGAUUUCUGGGUGUCAACUCAAAUUAAUAUUUUGUUAAACGGACCACUUUGAGAAACUCCAAAAAAUGAAAAUCUGUGGUCCUAAAUUGUCCCUUUGUGGUCUGAUCAUCUCCGUUUGGGGUAUUGUCCAGUUGGUUCUUAUGGGUCUAUUUUUCUACAUCAAUAGCGUGGCUCUUAUUGAGGAUUUACCCCUAGAAGAGGAAUACCAUUCCUUGCAAGAUUUUUAUACAGCCGCCAAUAGAGCGUACAAUCAAAAUGCCUACAACUGCUGGAUUGCUGCAUGCAUCUAUGUACUCACAUUGUUGCUAUCGGCACAACAAUUUUACAUGAAUAGUAGAGUAACUGCCAAUUAAUAAUUCCGAAUGUAGUUCUCCCAACUAUCUCUAAUUUUCAUUAAAAAAAAAUUCUUCAGGGCAUGCGCCAACAAAUGAAUAGUAUUCAAAUGUUCACUUUAUUUAUUGUCCAGACAUAUUAAAAAAAAUAAAUAGUUUUUGAGUUCAACAUAAA